AAUGCCUUAAGGCUGUUAAAAAAAAUAAGAAGAAAUGUUUAUCUAAUUGUAACAGACAUAAAUAUAUAAGGUUUUUUUUUUUUAUAAACAAUAAAUGUAUAAUAUUUAUAUUGUUGAUAUAAAUGAUGGUAUCAGUUUGAUGUGUAUACUAUGGUUGUCGACACCAAUGAUUAAGUUGAUCAUUUAUGAUGAUGAUGAUGAUGCUUGGGGCUCUCUUGAUUUUUACAAAAGCCUUGUCCGUAUAUAAACCAACAAGCAGACUCUUAUUCUUCUCAGUCGAGUGAAAAUAGCGUGUUGUGUGUGUUAACUCAUUUUAGUUUGCCAACAAAACGGAAAUAAGAAAAAUAAUUUUAAAAAAUUAAAAAAAAAAAAAUCUAUUUAUUUUUUAAAAAACAAUAGUUUCCAUUUAAAAAAUUGUAAAUGAUUAAUUAUAUGUGAUAAAAAUUUAAAUUUUUUAAUAAUUAUUUAAACGGUAAUUUAUUAUAUUUUAAUUGAUGAGAAAAAAAAAAAAUAAUUAAAUUAUAUUGUGUUUGGAUUUUUCUUAUUUAUGGUCAAUAAAUUAUAUUAUUAAAUUAUUUUUUUUUUUUUUAAACUUUAAAUGUGUUAAUAUUGUGUGUGUGACAACUGAUGAAGAAUAGUUUAUUGCUAAGAAAUAUAGUGAAUGAAUGUCACGAGGGUUUUUUGACUCUUUAAAAUUGUUUUGAGUCAUUCAUUAUCGUAGGCAAUCAUUCAAUAAUUUCAUUAAACUCAUUUAACGUGCGCAUUCAAUUUUAUUAUUUAUUAUCAUGUGAUACUUUUGAAUGCAGCAUGUGAUGCAACGUUAUCAACAAAUUAACUUAAUUAAAAAUUUAAAAAACCAAUUGUAUAAUCAAAGUUAAAAAUUGUUUUUUUCUAUUUUUUUUUUUAAAUAGUUUGUAUGAUGCUUAGUCGUACAAAAUUUUGGUGGAAAAUAUUGUCUGAAGCAGAUGCAAAAAGUAUUGGAGUUGGUAUUGCGGCUCACUCUGGCCAAAUAUCAGUUGGUUUAUCACAAGGUUUUAGUGCAGUAUUAAUACCAAAAUUACUUGAUGAUAAUUUUGCAACAAUUGCUGAAGGAUCAUGGAUAGCAUCACUUGGUGUUAUAUCAAAUCCACUUGGUGCAUUAAUUGCUGGUUCAACAGCUGAAUAUUUUGGUAGACGUGCAGCAAUAGCCUUGGCAACAUUGCCACAUGCUGCUGGUUGGUUAUUGAUAGCAUUAUCAACAAAUGUACCGAUGCUUUAUACGGGAAGAUUUAUCAGUGGUAUUGGUACUGGAAUGGCUAAUGCACUUUAUCUAUACGUUACUGAGACAGCAGCACCACAUCAACGAGCAUGGUUAGCAAGUUCUGGACCAAUUUUAGUAUCACUUGGUGUAUUGGGUAGUUAUGUUCUUGGUGCAUUAACAACUUGGCAAUAUACUGCUGCAAUAAGUAUUAUUCCAUCAAUAUUAUCUCUGGCUCUAGUCAAAUUUUUACCAGAGAGUCCAGCUUGGCUUGCACGUCAUGGUCAUUUAAAUGAAGCUAAAAAAUCACUUCUUUGGUUACGUGGUCCUGGUAUAUCAUAUGAAAAUGAAUACAAAGAAUUAUGUGGUGAUGCAUCAAUUGAAAGACGUAAAAAAAAUUCAAAAAUUAAACUUAAAACAGCAUUGCUUCUACCAAAUGUAUGGAAACCAUUUUUAAUAUUAAUAAUAUUUUUUUGUCUUCAACAAUUAUCUGGUAUAUAUAUUAUAUUAUUUUAUGCUGUUAAUGUACUUAAAGAAUUUGGUGCAGAUAUUGAUGAAUAUAUUGGUAGUAUUGCUAUUGGUCUUGUUAGACUUGUUGCAUCAAUUAUUGGUGCAUUUCUUGCUGGUCAUUUUGGUAGACGUCCAUUAGCAUGUACAAGUGCAAUUGGUAUGACAAUAUCAUCAAUACUUGUUGUAUUAUCAAUGAAAUAUAAUAAUUAUUUUUUAUUUAUACCAAAAACAUUACCAAUUAUUUGUAUUGGUUGUCAUGUUGCAUUUUCAAUGAUUGGAUUUUUAACAUUACCAUGGGUAUUAUCAUCUGAGCUAUAUUCAUUGAGAUUUCGUGGUUCACUUGGUGGUCUUACAACUGGUAUUGCACAAAUUAUGACAUUUGGUGCAAUUAAAACAUAUCCAUUAAUAAGUGGUAAUAUUGGUCUUGAUAAUACAAUGAUGAUAUUUUCAAUUUCAAGUAUUAUUGGUGCAAUAUUUUCAAUAACAAUAUUACCUGAAACAAAAAAUGUUACACUUGAAGAAAUUGAAAGAAGAUUUUCAUCAUCAAAUUUUAAUAAUACAAAUCAUAACAAUAAUAUACUUUUUGUUGAAGAAUUUAAUAAUAAUAAUAUUGUUGAAGUUAAUAAAAUUGGUAUUGAUAAUAUUACUUUUGAUAUAUCAGAUGAAGGACGAGUUAUUGUUGUUAAAAAUAAUCAAUUGACUGAAAUUGUUUGUUGAUAUUAUUAUAUUUAGAUAACACUAUGUUUCUUGCCAAAAAAAACAGUAUUAUUAUUAUUAUUAUUAUUAAAUUCUAUUAUUAUAAAUAUCCAUGUAUACGACUGUGAAUAAAAAAAAAAAAAACUUUUUUUUAUAUUAUUGUAUUUAAGAUAAAAUAAAUUUAUAAAUUAUUUAAUUAUUAAAAAUAUAAAUAUUAUCAUCUUUUUAUUGUUUAUCUUUUGAAUUAAUAUAUCUAUAGGUAAACAUUUAUUAUUGAUUUAAUUUUUUUAUAUUAUUUUGAUAUUAAUAAUUUAUUAAAUAAAUAUUAAUAUCAAUAAAAUUGUUUGCAAAUAUAUUUUCUGUUUUAUUAGCUUGACUGAUGUGUAAUUAAAGAUCAAAAAAAUUAAACAAAGAUCAAGUUAAUAACAAGCUGAAUCUGGUGUACUUCUAGACCUCCAUGAUAAAUAUAAUUAAAUAAAUUAAUGUACCUAUUAUUUUUUUUUCUUGCUAUAUAUUUAUGCAACCAAGAAGACUAGAGUAUUUCUAAUUGUUAUAAAUUAUAGUAUUAUAAAUAAAUUUAUUUGCUAUUUGUUUUUU